AUGAGCAACCAGAACAACAAGCAAGGCGGCGGUCUCCUCGGAGGUCUAACUGGCGGCCUCGACAAUGUCCUCACUGGCGGCGAGCAAGCAAAUCAACAAGGUGGCCUUCUCGGAGGUCUUGGAGGUGCUAUCGGCAAGACUACGGAAGGUGUCGGCGGCGCUCUGAACCAGACCAGCCAGGGCGUCGGCAAUGUUGCCGGCGGCGUUACUGAGGGCGCUGGUAACGCAGUCGGUGGUGUCACGGAUGGAGUUGGCAACACAGUUAAGGGUGUCACUGGUGGUCAGCAGAAGCAUCUUAUAGUUGCAUUCAGAACAGACAAUGGCUCUGACUCCUGUCAAUGCGUCGACCUGGACUGCAUGACUCCAACGCCCACUUCAGCACUGCUGAUCACGGCUAUUUCGCAUACGUUCAAGCCGUUCGCAGAUAGUGUCUGGCCCGACGAUGCCUUCACCAGGUAG